UCCUAUAAUUUCUAUAUCACUCUAACAAUGAAAUUUUUCUGAUCACUAUUCCAGUUUUGUAUAAUAAAAGUAGAAAUUGUUAAUACAUGGAGUGAAAUAAAGUAUCACAAGUAAUUCAAUACUCCCAGAAUAUAAGAUGGAAUUAAGAGUGGGAAAUAAAUACAGACUGGGACGGAAGAUUGGGAGUGGAUCUUUCGGCGACAUCUACCUCGGUACGAAUAUUUCCACUGGAGAGGAAGUAGCCAUCAAAUUAGAAUGUGUGAAGACCAAACAUCCACAACUUCACAUAGAAAGCAAGUUUUAUAAAAUGAUGCAAGGAGGAGUUGGGAUACCCACUGUGAAGUGGUGCGGUGCCGAAGGAGAUUAUAACGUACUGGUGAUGGAAUUACUGGGACCAAGUCUUGAAGAUUUAUUCAAUUUCUGUUCAAGGAAAUUCAGUUUAAAAACAGUUUUACUUCUAGCUGAUCAACUGAUCAGUCGGAUCGAAUACAUUCACAGCAAGAAUUUUAUUCAUCGAGACGUAAAGCCGGAUAAUUUUCUAAUGGGACUUGGCAAGAAAGGAAAUCUCGUUUAUAUCAUUGAUUUUGGUCUUGCUAAGAAAUACAGAGACGCGAGGACACACCAGCACAUUCCUUAUAGGGAAAACAAAAACCUCACAGGCACGGCACGAUACGCCUCCAUCAACACACAUCUUGGUAUAGAACAAAGCCGGCGAGAUGAUCUGGAAUCACUCGGUUAUGUUCUCAUGUAUUUCAAUCUUGGUAAUUUACCGUGGCAAGGAUUGAAAGCAGCAACAAAAAGACAGAAAUAUGAGAGGAUCAGCGAAAAGAAAAUGUCGACACCCAUCGAAAUGUUAUGCAAGGGAUUUCCAUCGGAAUUUGCAACAUACUUGAACUACUGUCGAUCUCUUCGAUUUGAUGAUAAACCAGAUUAUUCUUACUUGAGACAAUUAUUUCGAAAUUUAUUCCAUAGGCAAGGAUUUUCAUACGAUUACGUCUUCGAUUGGAAUAUGUUAAAAUUUAGUAAUAGAAGCAAUGCAGAUAGUGCAGACAAAGAGAGGAAGGAAAGAGAAGACAGAACGCAACAUACUCGAUCAUCAACAACUAGAGCACUUGGUGGAACAAACACAACUGGAGGUCGACAGUUACAGGGAUCUGCUGCUCAUCAUGGACAAAGUAGAAAGUCAAAACUACUGAUGCUAAAAGAUCAAAGCAGAAAUAAAUUAUUUAGCACAAAAGAAAUGUACAAAGAUCUUGAAUUAAAAGUUGAAAUUCAUCCAGUUAUGAAACAGAUUAGUGCAGAGCAUACGCUACGAUCAAAAAGCAAAGUUCUUGGUUGGCUUGUAAGCGAUUGUGCAUCUAUUCAAAGCAUGGACACGAUUCCUUAUGUUGAAUCAUCGUUGACAAAAGCAGCGCAGAAAAAAUCAUUGGAAUAUGUGUCAUAUUCGAAAGGAGACAACAGGAAAAGUUAUAUGCAGAAUUGGGAAAAUAAAGCAGCCUAUUUAUUCUCUCAAAACGAUGAAGCCUUACAACAAAAGCUUGCCAUGCAUCAUGGUGGUCUCGUCAAUUAUAUAAUGUAUAAAUCGGAAACGGAUCAGAAUAACCUCAAAAGCAAAGUAUCAACUAAGAAAUUAUCAGGUCAAAAACAGGAUGAGAUUUCAAAAAGCCAGAGGUGCAAAUCAGUUGAACCAAGGAGUAAAGUUGGGAGUGGAAAGAAGAAUAAACAUUCUAAUAAAAGAUCUUGUGUACCUACUAAAAGUGAAGGAGAUAUGGCUAGUGCUGGAUCACAGACUCCAAAUGCUAAUGUUGAAGUUUUGGAAUCGCCUCUGUCCAAAAGAUGGCAUAUUCGUGCAAGACCUAAAAGCAUUCGAUAUGAAAUUGAUUUAACGUUAGAAGAUUUUCCUAAAGUACCAACAGCACCUAAGUUGUUUCGUAAAUCGAACAAAUCAAAAAUAAGGAAAAGUCCGUCAAGAGAGGAUAUCACUAUGCCGAAAAGAGUUUUGAUGAAAUCGGUCUCUCCUAAUUGUGAUGAUUCUAACAUGCCGUACUCGACUGUACGAGUGGCGGAUUUUUCAAACAUGGCUCGGAACGCUAGAAAAAAAACUUCUAAAGGUGUUGGUCUUCAAACUCGUGAAGUUUCCAGCCCUGGUCGUGAUUCUUUUAAAAUUUCAAGCCCCAAAGGUCAAGAGUCGUAUAAAGCUAUCAGCCCAGAGCGAAGGUCCCCAAAAGUACGUAGUCCAGCAGAAAACUCGUUGAAAGCUUAUAUGGGGUUUUUAAAAACUGGUAAUAUUUCAAAAAAUCGUCCAAUUUUUCUCAGUAGAAAACCAAAGGUUGCAAAACAACAAAAAGUUGUUUUUGAGGAGCCAAAAGUUGCAGAGAAGAAAAGAGUAGUGGAAAGUAGUCGAUCCACUUCGACUAAGAAAGAACGCAGAGAAUGCAAAGUAAAAGCCAAAAAAAUUCAACCUUCCGUGAGACUGAAAGUCAAAGAGAAUCAAGAUGCCAAACAAGCAGAAGAAAUAAAAAAAGAACACAGUAUACCUCGCAUACCUUCUGAAAGCACGUCUGUGGGUAAAGGCCACAUAUUUUACGCAGAUGCAUGGCCAAAAGCAAAGCUUCCUGUAGGUUUGAAACAAAAGAAAAAAAUUGCGAAAUUAGACGCAGUCGAUAAUAUUACAACAUCACCAAGCCCAAAAAAGGAUAUCAGUUACACAGAAACUUCAAAAAAUUACUCGAGUAAUCAUACAUGUCGCAAAUUAAGCGGAGACAAAAGUAAGCAUAUUUCACUUGGAUCUAGAGGAAGAUUAACAGACAAGAGAGGAAUUUCACCGAUAGAAAAGGAAAUGGUUAUUCGUUCGUUACUUUUUAAGUUACACCAUGGAAUGAAAUUGAAAAACGAAGUAGGAGAUUGCAUGGAUUCUUCUACUUCAUUGAAACAACGAAAAUCGUUGGAGACACAAGGUGGGGCUGAUGCAACCGACUUAUCGAAGCAAACACCAUGGUUUAAAAAGGACACUUCGCAAGUGCGAUCACCUGGAAAAAAUCGUAGAUCUUUUGCUACGCCUUUCGCAUCCGCAAAAACUUUUCCUGUCAAAUAUCAAAUAAAGGAAUACUUGAGAAAUAAAUCUCCUUAGUUAGUCUCCAUUUAUUUUAUAGUAACACAUAUUAUAGUUUAUUUAUAUUAUUUAAGUGCAAUAGCCCUUUGCUUUUAAGCAACUGUUAAUAUUUUUAAUAAAAUAAAAAAGAAAUGAAAAAAA